AUGGAGCCAAGAGCCUGGACUCUGCAGUGUACUGCUUUCACUCUCUUUUGCGCUUGGUGUGCAUUGAAUAAUGUAAAAGCGAAGAGGCAGUUUGUGAAUGAAUGGGCGGCGGAGAUCCCCGGGGGACCGGAGGCAGCCUCAGCGAUAGCCGAGGAGCUGGGCUAUGACCUUUUGGGUCAGAUUGGGUCACUUGAAAAUCACUACUUAUUCAAACAUAAAAACCAUCCUCGGAGGUCUCGAAGGAGUGCCCUUCAUAUCACUAAGAGAUUAUCUGAUGAUGAUCGUGUGCUAUGGGCUGAACAACAGUAUGAAAAAGAGAGAAGUAAACGUUCAGUUCUAAGAGACUCAGCACUAGAUCUCUUCAAUGAUCCGAUGUGGAAUCAGCAGUGGUACUUGCAAGAUACUAGGAUGACUGCAGCCCUGCCCAAGCUGGACCUCCAUGUGAUACCUGUUUGGCAAAAAGGCAUCACAGGCAAAGGAGUUGUUAUCACUGUACUGGAUGAUGGCUUGGAGUGGAAUCACACAGACAUCUAUGCCAACUAUGAUCCAGAGGCUAGCUAUGAUUUUAACGAUAAUGACCAUGAUCCAUUUCCCCGAUAUGAUCCCACAAAUGAGAACAAACAUGGGACCAGAUGUGCAGGAGAAAUUGCCAUGCAAGCAAAUAAUCACAAGUGUGGGGUCGGAGUUGCAUACAAUUCCAAAGUUGGAGGGAUAAGAAUGCUCGACGGCAUUGUGACGGAUGCUAUUGAAGCCAGCUCAAUUGGAUUUAAUCCUGGACAUGUGGAUAUUUACAGUGCGAGCUGGGGCCCUAAUGAUGAUGGGAAAACUGUGGAGGGGCCUGGCCGACUAGCCCAGAAGGCUUUUGAAUACGGUGUCAAACAGGGGAGACAAGGAAAGGGCUCUAUCUUCGUCUGGGCUUCUGGGAAUGGGGGGCGUCAGGGAGAUAACUGUGACUGUGAUGGGUACACGGACAGUAUCUACACCAUCUCCAUCAGCAGUGCCUCGCAGCAAGGCUUAUCCCCCUGGUACGCUGAGAAGUGCUCCUCUACGCUGGCCACCUCGUACAGCAGCGGGGAUUACACCGACCAGCGAAUCACGAGUGCUGACCUGCACAACGACUGCACAGAGACCCACACAGGCACCUCUGCCUCAGCACCCCUGGCUGCUGGCAUCUUCGCUCUGGCCCUGGAAGCAAAUCCAAAUCUCACCUGGCGAGAUAUGCAGCACUUGGUUGUCUGGACCUCUGAGUAUGACCCACUGGCCAAUAACCCUGGAUGGAAAAAGAAUGGAGCAGGCUUGAUGGUGAAUAGUCGAUUUGGAUUUGGGUUGCUAAAUGCCAAAGCUCUGGUGGAUUUAGCUGAUCCCAGGACCUGGAGCAGUGUGUCUGAGAAGAAGGAGUGUGUUGUAAAGGACAAUGACUUUGAGCCCAGAGCCCUGAAAGCUAAUGGAGAAGUUAUCAUAGAAAUUCCAACAAGAGCUUGUGAAGGACAAGAAAAUGCUAUCAAGUCACUGGAACAUGUGCAAUUUGAAGCAACAAUUGAAUAUUCCCGCAGAGGAGACCUUCAUGUCACCCUCACUUCUGCUGCUGGAACCAGCACCGUACUGUUGGCUGAAAGAGAGCGGGAUACAUCUCCUAAUGGCUUUAAGAAUUGGGAUUUCAUGUCUGUUCACACGUGGGGAGAGAAUCCCAUAGGCACUUGGACUUUGGGAAUUACAGACAUUUCUGGAAGAAUGCAAAAUGAAGGAAGAAUCGUGAACUGGAAGCUAAUUCUGCAUGGGACCUCUUCUCAACCAGAACACAUGAAAGAGCCCCGAGUGUACACAUCCUACAACACCGUUCAGAAUGACCGAAGAGGGGUGGAGAAGAUGGUGGAUUCGGGGGAGGAACAGCCCACACAAGAGAACCUGAAUGUGAACACUCUGGCAUCCAAAAGCCCCAGCAGCAGCGGUGUGGGGGGCAGAAGGGAUGAGCUGGCAGAGGGAGCCCCUUCUGAGGCCAUGCUACAACUCCUACAAAGCGCUUUCAGCAAAAACUCACCCCCAAAGCAAUCACCAAAGAAGUCUCCAAGUGCAAAGCUCAACAUCCCCUACGAAAAUUUCUAUGAAGCCCUGGAAAGGCUGAACAAACCUUCCCAGCUUAAAGACUCUGAGGAUAGUCUGUAUAAUGACUACGUUGAUGUUUUCUAUAACACGAAACCUUAUAAGCACAGGGAUGACCGGCUGCUGCAAGCUCUGGUGGACAUUUUGAGGAAGGAAAAUUAA